CUUUGUUAAAAAAUGAAAUUCAAGCGCAUACACACAGCUCAGCCCAACUAAGAUCGAUCUCAACCGUCACCACGCAGAGCUUCAAAGCUUCCCCAUUUUAAUUCAUACUGAAAUUCAAUUUCUUUUUCUUUUUUUGUUAUCGAAGUUUUAGGUCGGAAUCAGAACGAAGUCAUUUCAGUUUUGGAGAUGAUUAUUUUGAUUUGUUUUAGUUGAUUGAGGAGGCUAGGCUCGGGUCUAAUUCUCGCUUCAAUUCAAUUCACGCAUGGACUCGAUCUGGACUCAAAGUGGACCGACCGACGCUUGGCAUUUCAUCGUCGCCGUGUUAUUCGCUCCCGGUUUCGUCGUCGCUAGGUUCUUGCUCGAUAAAUUCAUCUUUCGACGGUUAGCCAUCUGGUUGUUGAGCAAUGGAAAUCUCCCAUUAAAGAUGAAUGAAGCUGCAAGGGCAAAAGUUGGAAAAUGUUCGGAAUCUAUGUGGAAAUUGACAUACUAUGCUACUGUUGAAUUUUGUAUUCUCAAAAUUGCCUACCAUGAGCCAUGGUUCAGAGAUACAAAAUUGUAUUUUGAUGGCUACCCAAAUCAAGAGUUAAAGCUCCCCUUAGAGCUUUACUACAUGUGCGAAUGUGGGUUUUACAUCUACAGCAUUGCUGCCCUCUUGACAUGGGAAACUCGUAGAAAGGAUUUCUCUGUAAUGAUGUCUCAUCAUGUAAUUACUGUUAUCCUGAUCGGAUACUCAUACCUUUCUAGUUUUUUCCGGAUUGGCUCAAUUAUCCUUGCCUUGCAUGAUGCAAGUGAUGUAUUUCUGGAAGCUGCAAAAGUGUUCAAGUAUUCUGAGAAUGAACUUGGGGCAAGUGUAUUCUUUGGGUUAUUUGCUAUCUCAUGGCUCGUACUACGACUAGUAUUUUUUCCAUUUUGGGUCAUCAAAUCUUCAAGCUAUGAUCUUCUGAACUACUUGAAUCUAUCAGAGAUUUAUCCAACGGUCGUGUACUAUGUCUUUAAUACAAUGUUACUGAUGCUGCUUGUGUUCCACAUAUAUUGGUGGGUUCUCAUAUGCUCAAUGAUUAGGAGACAGCUGAAAAAUAGGGGAAAAGUCGGAGAAGAUAUAAGAUCUGAUUCUGAGGACGACGAUUAGGUGAAAGAUUGAAGAUUUUUGUUGUGGGUAAUGAAUAUUAGCCGUGGGGAGAGAUUACAAAAUGACUAUUUUGUAGAUUUGGCUCUGUGCGCAAUUGAGAGGAGAAGUAGAAGAACUAAUCAUAUUUUGUCUUCUUGAUUUCUUUCUGGUGUAGAAACAUUAGGCAAUUCUUGUAUAAUUCACCGCGAUAAACCUAUGUUUUGAUAUUAGUUUAGUCCUUAUAUCGAGAAAUGCAAAAGAAAAGAAAAAGGUUUCAGUUU